AUGACGGCCAAAUCAGUCCUCCUUGUCGGCGCCAAUGGCACGUUGGGCGCCAAAAUCCUAGACGCUCUUGUUGCUGCCAAAUCGUUCAAGCUCAGUGCCCUAAAGAGAGCCGGUUCCCAGAGUAAGCCUCCGUACCGCGCAGACCAGGUGCAAGUCAUCGAAGUCGACGAUCAACUUUCUUUCGAGGGCCUCAAGAAUGCCUUCAAAGGCCAGGACGUCGUCAUUGUCAGCUUCCGACUGCGCGAUCUUGAGCAGCACUUGCGCAUCGCCGAGGCCGCUUCGGCUGCGGGGGUGAAGCAUUUUAUGCCCGCCGACUUCGGCAGUAUUGACGCCGACAACCCGCGCGCACGGGAACUCAUUCCGCUGUACCGCCACAAGCUCGCCGUCCGCCAAAAAGCCCAGGAAUUGGCAGACAAGAACCCCGACUUUGCCUGGACAGGCAUCGUGUGUGGUCACUUUUUCGACUGGGGAGUCAAGGAAGGAUUCUUGCACGCCUACCUGGACAAGAAGGAAAUCGAUGUCAUCGACGGCGGCAACAUCAAGGCCUCCGUUGCAACGCUCCCACGAGUCGGCGAAGCUGUCGUGCGCAUUCUUGACCUGGGUGUCACCGACGUCACGAAGAACAAGACGUUGUUUAUCCAGAGCUUCUGCAUCACACAAAAUGAGCUGCUUAAGAGCCUCGAGAAAGCAACCGGUUCGAAAUGGACCGUGAACAAGGUUGAGUCCAAAAGCUUCAUCGAGGAACACAAGAAAAAGGCCGACGCUGGUGAUGCGGAGGCAAUUGAGGAUCUUGUUUUUGCUGUCGGCCAGCUAGACGCUGACUGGACAAAUCGUGACGACUUCGCCAUGAAAACUUUGGGGCUGGAAGAUGAAGACUUGGACAGUGUCAUCACAGAAGUCGUAACGAACCCAAUGGCGUAG